AUGAUUGAUGUAAUCAUAUCCUUCACUGAUCGCGAAACACAACAGCAACUCCGCCUGUGUUCCAAGCAAUUCGACCGCCUCACAACACCACGAUAUUUCCGCAAGUUUCGCUUUAGGCUCUCGCAGCUCAGUCUGGAUGGGUUGAUCAGUAUAGCAAACCAUCCAGAAAUUGCCAAAUACGUACAAGAUCUGGAGUUCAACAGUCACCAGCUGCUCUGGUUCUUCGAUCUCGACUCUUUCCUAAGAAAGCUUGAUUUGCAACCUGGUCAACCUUGGCGCCCAAUUCCGGGCCUUAAACACAUACCCACCCAGGACUUCGACCGUUCACAACUCCACCAAAUCUACGCCGCUUACGCUUCAGAGCGCGACACGCCGGCCGACUACGUCGAAUGCAUCCUUUCUCACCCUGAAUCCAGCAACCCUCUCAUCCCCCACACUUACCCCAACCUCCCCCAUGCCUUCGCCUCCCUCCCCAACCUCCACACCAUCACCGCCACCUUUGGCAUGCCGCACCAACAAUACCCGCCAACCUACGCUCACACCUGGCGCGGCCUUACCUUCACCCAGCCCGAUCCAGACCCUCCCGGCGACCGUGACAUCCAGAAAGCGAUCGACCUCUCCUGCCUACUGCACGCACUAAGUCAAGCCGCCGCCAACCGACUCUCUCCCCUCCCCCUCCGUACCCUCAUCCUCCCCAUCAUCGGCUAUGCAAUCUUCGGCCCCAGCUCUCUGCGCCGCCUCUGGGAAGACUAUUCCAUCACUUCACACGUCAUGCCCGACCUCUGGACCACGGGGUCCGGCAACGGCGGCAUACAGGCCACCACCGACGCCAACGGAAUGGCAGAAGUUGCCAUCUACAGCCCCCGGUUCCGCGCCAUCACGGCCGUCUUCACGGGGCUGACGCGGCUGGACCUGCGCAUCGACUGGACGGGCAGCAACGUCGGCGGCACGGCGCGCAUGGUCUGGGGGCUGGCGGCGAUGCUGGAGCGGGCGCGCGGGCUGGAAGAGCUGGCGCUGGCGGUGCAGCGCGACGUGGUGCCCAAGCUGUUCGGAUGGCGGCAGUGGACGCCCGAGGCCGAGCGCGGGUGGAGGACCAAGGACGUGCUGCUGGUGCUGGUGGGCGGCGAGCACGAGUCUGACGUCGACGACGACAACAACACGUUGUUGGACUGGCCGAACACGGCGGCGGCGCCGGUGGACGUGCGCUGGCCGCGCUUGCGCAAGUUGACGCUCGGCGUGCAGACGACGCAGGACGGCUUGCUCGGCUUGCUGGGCCGCGUCGCGGGCUCUCUGCGCAGCCUGACGCUGUCGAACAUGAGGUUCAUGCCGCGGCUGGGCGAUUGGGACGACGCGCUGCGGCAGAUGAGGGGCUUGUUGGAGCUGGAACAGCUGGAGAUGAACUGGCUCAUGCAUAUACCGGACUUUUCCUCCGCGGAGUAUAAGCGUGAAGCUAUGCUCAUGGCUAGAGAUAUUGAAGCUGGCUGCGUGGACGAUGAAAUGGCGGAGAAGCGGUACCGGAUGACGUACCGGCAUUAUGAGGCGCAGGCGGUUGACUAUGUUUUGAAGAGAAGCGAGAUUGUGCCUGAACUAGACCAAGGGGCAUUCUUUCGGGACCAUCCUGAAGACUGCGACUGGUGCGAGGAGAGGAUUUUAGAAAAUAAAUCCAGGUAA